GCGGGGGCCCUUCCGGACGCGCGGCGGAGCAGCGGCCCGCGGGGUCUACCCCGCGCCGCUCGCUCUGCCGCCCGCAGCCGCCGCCGCCUUCGCGGGCGGCAGGUGACGGGGUCGGGCGUCGCCGCCUCUCCCCAGGCCGCGGGGCCUAGCCGGCAGAGGGGCGAUCUUGCGGCGGCCGGUUUCGGUGCCGUAGAGGGAGCCGGCGAGGGGGCGCGAGGCUCCCGGCGGCGCCGCGUUCGCAGGCGUGCCUGCGCGCGGCCCCGGCGGCGGGCCGGGAAAGGCGAACGCAGCGGGCGGAGGAGCGGGGGGAGCCGGGGGGCGGGCGCGCUGUUGGCACGUUUGUCCGCCAGGCUGCUGGGGCCGAGGGGGAUGUGGGGCUGCGGCUCCGGCUCGGGAUCCUGUAACGGCAUCACGGGCAGAAGAGGCUCGACGGGCUCGGGAUUUUAUUCCUGCUCAGGAAAUAGCAAAUAAAAUGGUGGUCAGCCGUAGCGUUAUUUUUCGGUACUGGUGCUAACCACUGCAUGGUAAGUUAAAGGUAUAUAUUAAUCCUACAACCCAGUUUUUUGAAGUCUCUGCCUAAAUACACUCCAAGCCUGGAGUUUAAUUUUGGAUCUAAAGAAUGCGUAAGUCCUCCAAAGAGUGGUUUUGGCGUGUGCUGUGGGCUGACCCUGGUAGGCUGCUGAGCACCAGCACCCCUGACCCCCCCCCCCACCCCCCACAGUGGGAUGGGGAAGAGAAGCGGAAGGGCAGAAGUGAGUAAACUGACAAUUUAAGAGGUAAAGCAAAGCUGUGUGUGCCAGCAAAGCAAAAUGAGGCGUUUAUUCGUUCCUUCCCACCAGCAGGCAGGUUUUUAGCCAUUUCCAGGAAAGCAGGGCUUCAUCACGUCUAACGGUGACUUGGGAAGACAUAUGCCGCGAUGCUGCACGUCUCCCCCUUCUUCCCCCAGCUUUUAUUGCUGAGCACCGGGUCAUACAGUAUAGAAUAGGCCUUUGGUCAGUUUGGUUCAGCAGUCCUAGCUGUGUCCCCUGCAAACUGCUUGUGUCGCCCUACUGGGACAGGGAGGAGCAUGAGAAACAGAGAAGGCCUUGAUGCCGUGUAAGCACUGUUCAACAAUAGCUAAAACAGCAGUGUGUUUUAAACACUGUUUUGGUCACAAAGGCAAAACACAGCACCCUACGAGCUACUAUGAAGAAAAUUAACUCUGUCCCAGCUAAAAGAGGUACAGUGUGAAAGACAAAAAGGUGAAAUAACAAUCUUAAAUGUUGUCAUGCAUUUUUUAUUUUGCCUGAUCUAUUUCUUUUCAAAGGACACAAAGUCUAAUUGUUUACAGUAGGAGAAAUUGGGCUUAGGAACAUACAGCAGAUUAUAACAGAGAAGUUUGUUUAGUGUACAGGGAAGUAUGUGUCAGUUCUAAUGGCACAAAUUAAGUAUACAGCAACACUGUAUAUUGGUCUGGUUUACCUUCUUUGUAUUUAGAAUAGAAAUGGCCAGCUUAAUUUUUUUUAGAGCAAUAUUUUGCGAAUAGUGGAAUAAUACUGCCCUCAGUUUAAUCCUUCAAACAAUAUGCUUCUGUCUUCAGAACAUAGAGGAAGAGCAUUGAUGUUUCAAAGAGUCUUUCUGAAAAAGAUAAGCUAUCAAAAGGUUAGCAACAGACGAUAUAGGUAAAGAUGGUAAAUGAUUGUUAGUCUUUGGAAUUUUUAUUUUUAUUUAAGCACCAGUGGUUUGUGUUGUUACUUUUGGGGAACACCAUAAAGCAGAGGAUAGUGAAUAACUUUUUCCAAAAAUAAUAAAUUAAUAAGGCUAUUAGUAGUGGCUUUUUAGUUAGACCCUGGAUAAACCAGAGAUUAGGCUGUUUAUUGUUCCUAUACUAGUGAAUCUAAUACUGCAUAUUAGCGACUGAAACUUUGCAAUCACUUCUCGUUAAUUGCCCCUUAUCCUCACCCUAGAUCGGGAGAUAUAGUAACAAGCUGAGUUAUAAAAAAUUAAACUCCAUGUAGACAUUGCAAAGAUACUGAAAUGAGCAGCAUAGAAGGUCUUCAGCUGUCUCAGUGCAAAGAAAACUAAUUACAAGGAAGGCCACAAUGCAGAGAACAUGUGGGGGAGAUUAAUAAUGACCUAGGAAUGGCUCUUGAACUAAAUUAGCACUUUGUUCCACCCUUUAGGAAGGACAGUGCUAAUGGUGGAGGGUUAAAGAAAGAUGACGGAAAAGAAGGUCUGAAAAUAGAAGUUGUACAGCAAAGGUAAAAAAACCAUUCCAGUUGGAAGGUGAUAAUAAUUUCCAUUCCAAAAUUCUAAGAAGACGGACAAGCUAUUGAAGAACCUAUAAUGGGUGUUUAAUAUAAAUGUGUUGUGAGCAUAGUGGUACAAUGUGGCAAAAGAAAGCAUGAGCGGUUCCUUGGUUUAGGAAGGGGAAAAAAAAGAUUAUUUAAGUAUAUGCAAGUUUGUAAGUGCAAUCUUGAUCACAUACAAGGUUUUAGAGUAGAUUUUAGAAGGACUAUGACAAAAGAAAUAAGGAGAAAUGUGAUUAAUUUGAGCAACCUGAUCUAGUGAAAGAUGUCGCUGCCUACGGUGGAGGGGGGUUGGAACGAGAUGGUCUUUAAAAGUCCUGUCCAACCCAAACCAUUCAGUGAUUCUAUGAUUCUAACUGGGGCAAGAGCUCUUUAUUAUGACCUUGCUGCAGAAGAAAACACAUUGUGUAACAGCACUUGGCUGAAAGACUGGGUAGAUGUAUUAAUCUUUGGCUGAUGACAAGCUUAGAUGUGUCUGUGCAAUGUGAUGCAUCUGCAAAAAAUGUAACCCUAGCAUAUAUUAAGAAAGAAAAUUUCCAACAAUGAUGAAAGCUUAUCACUGUCAUGUACAAAUGGACAAGCAACAGAGAUUUCUGGUCUCCUGUGCUAUAGAUUAAUUGAAACUAGGCCAACUGCACAGAUGCAACUGUCAAGGAAGAGUGUUUCUUAUGAGAUGGUAUUAGAACAGCCUGUCUUGUUUAAUGAAAAAGUAGCAACUAUGAAGACUAGGAGGUGAUAUGACUGCACUCAAUAAAUGCAAUAGGGAGGAAGAAAGGCUCUUUACUAUUAAGGGGAAUACUGAAAAAGAGCAAACUGCUGCAAAGUAGCCAUUGAUACCAUUAGCUAAAUUUAGUAUUAAAGCAAAUCUGCAUAAUUUGUAUCAUGUUCUAUUUGCAUAGUAAUUGUAAUUAAAAGACACAAAACCAGAAUGAAUUAUUGUUGUUGUUACUGUUUUUAUAAAAGAAACUCUUUUAAAUAUGCUGGAAGCAUAUUUUUGAAGUUAAAAUUUGCCAAGUACUGUCUAUAGCGAGGAAAUAUAAAUGUAAUGUUCCUAAUUAAUCUGACUUACAUAUUUUCUGACUACAUAUCUGUGCUGUUAAUUUCAGGGGAUCAAAAUUCAUGAGUCACAUGUUGGGAAAACCAUGAAUUCCACUCCUCAAAUAAUUACAUAUUUCUUUUAUUUAAGAUUCUGUGUUCUGGUGUGUCUUGAGUUCUAUAUUUUGCUCUUUUUCUCUGCUUCUAGAACCUCCUGUUGUUUCAGAUCGCUCUUACAGUUCCUCAUCAGAAUCUGUAUUUACCUAUUUUAAUUAGGCCUGUAGUAUGUUACUAAAAAAAUUAUUGCCCAAGAAAUACAGAUAUACAGUAUAUUUUUCUAGUUCUCUCUAAGUAUGUGUGUGAACUGCAGAUAUAUUAACAUGCAAGAUUAAUUUCCAGAAGGAAACUUAAGUAGGCUUAAAAAAAUGACCUGAGCGCCUAGGUUUGAUUCGCUUCAACAGCUCCACGCUCAAGUUUGUAAUUUAGAUUAAGUUCUUGGGAGGCAACUGUAUGCUUUGCUCAAGAGAAGGAAAACUUGUUUUUCUGGUAGGUGUGGCUGCUGUUACCGACCUUAAAGAACACCAGCCAUCUGAAAUAAAAUGUGUUGGCAAGUGUCUUAGAUAUCACACCAGCAUUUUCCUCAGUACUGUUCUGUAUUGAACAGUUCUUGCAAUUUAUCUUAAAAAUAUUUAAGUUUUUAUCUGGUUAGAAUAAAGACCUUGUAUAUUAUACCUUAGCAAAAAAUAAAUGGAGGACUGAACGGAACUUCACUCAGCUGUCUGCUUUAAAAGAUGCAGCAGCAUAAAGUGCAAGGACAAAGAAAUUUGCAUCCACGUUUAGAUACAUUCAAAAUGUUGUGUGGUGGGAAAAAAUCUUACUUGGCUACUGCUGUGUGCGUUAUUACUCUAACUUCAAUGGUCACACUUUCUUAUCUUCAGUUACAGAGACUUUCUCACCUGCCAAAAAUAAUUCAAGAAGGUAGCAGAUGUAGAGGGAAAAUGACCAAUAGCACAAUAACAGCAUUAAAAGAUAACAGAACUUUUAUUAUAUCCCCAUACUUUGAUGACAGAGAAAGCAAAGUCACUCGUGUGAUUGGGAUUGUUCACCAUGAAGAUGUAAAACAACUAUACUGCUGGUUCUGCUGUCAGCCCGAUGGAAAGAUGUAUGUAUCAAAAGCGAAAAUUGAUGUUCACUCGGAUAGAUUUGGAUUCCCUUACGGUGCAGCAGAUAUAGUUUGUUUGGAACCCGAAAACUGUGAGCCAACACAUGUAUCGAUUCAUCAGUCUCCACAUGGAAAUACUGACCAGCUGCCAAGGUUUGAAAUUAAAAACCGCAAGGCUGAGACCUUUUCUGUUGACUUCACUGUAUGCAUCUCUGCCAUGUUUGGAAAUUACAACAAUGUCUUGCAGUUUAUACAGAGUAUGGAAAUGUACAAGAUUCUUGGGGUACAGAAAGUGGUGAUCUAUAAGAACAACUGCAGCCAUCUGAUGGAGAAAGUCUUGAAGUUUUAUAUGGAAGAAGGAACUGUAGAGAUAAUUCCCUGGCCAAUAAACUCACACCUCAAGGUUUCUUCUAAAUGGCAUUUCAUGCAAGAUGGAACACACAUUGGCUACUAUGGACAAAUCACAGCUUUAAAUGACUGUAUAUACCGUAACAUGCGGAGGAGCAAGUUUGUGGUUCUUAUUGAUGCUGAUGAAAUAAUUCUUCCCCUUAAGCACCCAGACUGGAUGACAAUGAUGAGCAGUCUUCAGGAGCAAAACCCGGGGACUGGCAUUUUCCUCUUUGAGAACCAUAUCUUCCCAGAAACCGUAUCUACUCAUGUGUUCAACAUUUCAUCCUGGAAUACUGUGCCGGGUGUUAACAUAUUACAGCAUGUUCACAGAGAGCCCGACAGGAAAGAUGUAAUCAAUCCCAGGAAAAUGAUAAUUGAUCCGCGAAAGGUGAUUCAGACUUCAGUCCACUCUGUCCUACGUGCUUAUGGCAACAGUGUGAACGUUCCCAUGGAUGUUGCCCUCAUUUAUCACUGUCGGGUGCCCCUUCAAGGAAACCUUCCCAGAGAAUCCCUCAUCAGGGAUACAACACUGUGGAGAUAUAACUUAUCAUUAAUCAUGAAUGUUAACAAGGUGCUAUAUCAAACCAUACUGUAAGCUCAAAAGUGAAACCUUGGUUGUAAGGAGGGAAAGUGGAGAGCUACUCGUAUGGUGAGGAGGCAGAGGGUAUAAUUUAAAGAUCAUAUUAAAAUCGCUUCCACAUGAAGCCUACAUCUUACAGAGAUUUAGGACAACAGCCCUUUUAUGUCCUGUACGAAGGUAAAUGCAUUUGAUUUGUGAACUGAAUCAAGGUAUCUUGUAAGAGUCCACAGUGAUCGAGUGCUGGUUAAGAAUUGGGUUCCUCAGAUAAAGUCUUUACUGCAGCUUUAUAAGAUGUGAGUGCUGAGGUAUAGUAAGAAGACAGAUAGCUCUUUUAUAUGCCUAUAAGUAUGAAAGGGCAUUAUUCAAGGCCUAGGAAGUGACCAUGCAGAUAUUAGAAAGUUAAUGUACCGAUUUCCAGCUUUCUCUCUUUUCCUUUUCCAUUUUCAUAUAUGUUUUAGCUAGUACAAUGAACCUGUAAACUACCUGAAGAAGGAAUGAAUUAAUUUUUGGUUAUUUGUAUCUCUGAAGUGCUUGGUGGAUUAAAAAAUACAGCUGUGCUUAGUGGUGCCUGUUAAAAGAUGGCUUGGGACAGCAUCUCCCAAAUGAAGAGCUGCAUUGGCUUUAACACUGUAACUCAUUAUAAUCACAGAGGCAGGAUGAGAAAACACACCACCUGUAGCACUGGAACUGUCACUUUUUAGAGGUAUUUCUUCUUAAGGGAAGUGGGAAUUUGUAGCAGAGCCAUGAGUCAUUUAAUGAUACCAAGGAUCAAUGCAGAUGGUAUUACUUCUGGAAGAUGUAAAAUGAGUUUGGUUUCAAUUAAAAAAAAAAUAUCAGUACUUCUCAACUGAUUCAGCUAAUGCAAAAGUUUUCAACCUAUGUACAAAAAAUACAACUACAGUCAUUAGUAUCAAAGGUAACAUUGCUUAAUUCUUGCAGUUUGUAUGUCACUGAGUACAAAAUUUGUAUGUACCAUGUUGAGUAAAAGGUAAACAAAUAGAUUGUGAAAAUAAUUGAGCAAAAUCUACCAGUUUCAACUCUAAAAAAAUGAACCCCUUAUAUUCUUGGAAAUAGUAUUUGUUAAAGUGGUGAUGUAUUGUAACAGAAAA